AGUAAUCAGAGUGGUAGUCGACAGCUAAUGCUCGGACUCAGUACAUCACUGGAGAGUUAACUCUUACCGUUAUUCGAGUGAACUUUGUAUCACCCCGUUUGGAGCCCCAUCGGUGCAUCCCUCUUUUCGAAGCUUUGAUCGCUGUAUCGCUCUGGUUUGAGUCAAAGUUAAAUGUCAACAAUGGCACAAAUGGACCAAAUAUUAAUUAAGGACUUGAAGCCUGGGCAGAAAAGUGUUAACAUAGUUUUCAUAGUACUUGAUUUACUGGGUACUCCAACAAUGACGAAAGAAAAGCGGGAAAUACGAACUUUUAAAGUGGCAGAUCAAUCAGCAUGUAUUAAUGUUUCUGUUUGGGAUGAGCCUGGAGCCUUAAUGAUGCCUGGAGAUAUUAUUAAAUUGACCAAAGGCUACUGUUCCAUGUGGAGAAAUUGUUUAACACUUUAUUCUGGUAAAAUUGGGGAACUUCAAAAAAUUGGAGAAUUUUGCAUGGCGUAUAAUGACCAAGUAAACAUGAGUGAGCCGAAUGCUGCACUGACUUCUCAGUUGGUCAACAACCAACUGAGCAAUGGGAAUAAUGGGAAUAAUGGCAAACAUGUUCCAGUACAAAAUAGUGCACCAACUACUCCACCGCCAGUAUUGACUGAAAAAUCAUCAUCAAACAAAGGAGGAAACGGAGCUCAGCAGGCAACUUACAGCAGUUCAUCGGCGACCACGCCAUCGCCGACCAGCAGUGGAAAUCAAAAAGCGACGACCAAAAACACUACCAGGGCACGAGCCACGUAUAGCAGAAACGGCGUUCGUGCGUCCGAGCGCAGAUAACGCGCGGAUUCAUAGAAAGCGCGAAGUACUCGCGACCAGACGAAGCGCACGAUGUGAAAAAGACGCACAAUCGGAUCGGAUUGGAUUGCACGUGUGCUGCUUUCGUCGAAAAAGAAAAAAAACUUAGUUAUAAAUUCAUAGAUUCUUGAAAUGUAUACUUUUUUUUUUAAAUUCAACUACGUUGCCUUGCUGGUUCAUUUA